AUGUCCAUGUUCUCUGACUCAUGCAUGCAUGCAGUGGUUUAUCUGACAGAAUACGUUUCCAAAGAAGGCACCCACAAAAUUACACUCGCGUGCAAAAUCAUAGAAACGUCUAAAGCACCGAAGGACUUUGUUGUAAAAUUUCUACCUCGCGAAAUCGACGUGUUGAUACGGUUGAACCAUCCCCACGUUAUACACGUGCACAGUAUCUUUCAGCGCAAAACGAAAUACUACAUUUUUAUGAGAUACACAGAAAAUGGGGAUCUUUUGGGGUACAUAUUGAAGAACGGUUGCGUUUCCGAGAACCAGUCGCGGGUUUGGUUCCGUCAACUAGCAUUGGGGCUGCAAUACCUCCACGAGUUGGAGAUAACUCAUCGCGACAUUAAAUGUGAAAACGUACUGUUAACAGCGAACUUUAACGUGAAGCUUUCAGACUUUGGAUUCUCGAGGUCCUGCAUCGACGAUGACGAUCAGCCCAUACUGAGUGAGACUUACUGUGGUUCUAUGUCCUACGCGGCACCCGAAAUUUUGAGAGGGAAGCCAUACCUACCGAAACCCACAGAUCUGUGGUCGUUGGGAGUCGUGUUAUUUGUUAUGCUUAAUAAAUCUAUGCCCUUUGAUGAUACACGAAUGCGAAAGCUGUAUGAACAGCAAAUGGGCAAGAAGUAUCGGUUUAGAUCACGAGUAGCGAGUUUGAUAUCGUUAGAGUGCAAAUCUGUCGUGAAACACUUGUUAGAACCAGACCCGGGCUUGCGUCACUCGGCAGUGCAGGUGCUCGGCUCCGAUUGGAUUGCUAUGGACAGUAGGCUUACAACAUUAAACGCUGUUGAAGCAGCUGCAUUGCAACGAGCGAAAGAGGAGCGACGAAAAUUGUCCGAUUCUCAUCGCUACCCUCCUAAACGGCAAGGUGAUAUUUUGAGCAGAGAUACUAGAGAAUCUUAUCGGGUACAUAUUGAAGAAGAUUUAAAGUUAUCUGGAUCUGAACAGUUAACACUAGCUACCAGAGGCUAUAAAAUGAUAAAAAAGAUUAACGAGGGCUCCUACGCUAAAGUGUAUCUAGCGGAAUACAGAAAUCCGAAUAAAAACGAUCGACUAUCAGUACUCGCUUGCAAAGUAAUAGAUACAAAUACGGCUCCAAAAGAUUUUGUUAAGAAAUUUCUUCCAAGAGAAAUAGAAAUGCUAAUCAAAUUAAAUCAUCCGCACUUAGUGCACACGCAUAGUAUAUUUCAACGACGUUACAAAUACUUUAUAUUUAUGCGGUAUAUGGAACAUGGAGAUCUUUUAGAGUAUGUUUUGCAAAAGGGAGCCGUACAGGAAGACCAGGCGAGAAUAUGGACGAGGCAACUCGCCCUGGCUAUCCAGUAUAUGCACGAAUUGGAGAUAGCGCAUCGCGACAUCAAAUGUGAAAAUGUCCUCCUCACAGCCAACCAGAAUGCCAAGCUAUCCGACUUUGGUUUCGCUCGAAUGUGUGUCGACAAGAAGUUUAAAGAUAUUCCUAGUGAAACGUUUUGCGGUUCCCUUUCGUACACCGCCCCCGAAAUAUUACAAGGCUCGCCGUAUUAUCCUAAACCCACUGACGUUUGGUCCUUGGGAAUCGUCCUAUAUGUUAUGCUAAAUAGAGCCAUGCCUUUCGAAGAAAAACACAUCAAGCAGUUAUACCAAGCUCAAAUAAAUCGAAAUUGGAGAUUCCGCUCUCGCUAUAACGAAACUUUAUCUGAACACUGCAAACGUUUGGUUCAUUUGAUGUUAGACCCUAAUUGUAAAAAUAGAAUUAAAGUUGAUAGUAUAAUUAAUGGUGAAUGGAUUGCAAUGGACGCGAGAUUACUUGAAUGGAAUGCACAAGAGACGUUGGCAUUCAAAAAGGCUCGAGAAGAAAGAGUUAUAAGUAUGCAAAAAGUUGAGGUGACUGAUCCAGUUGGUAAGCCUGAAAAAGAGUCUUGCCUGCCAGACCAGUCAAUAGUAAAGGCUACAUAUGAUAUCGAUGGUUCUACUUCUUCGUGGUAA